UAAAGGAGAAAUUUGAUAUUUUAGUGACAGUGUAAAGAUAUUUACCAACAGAUCACAAUAAACAAUAAAAAUUGACUAUACGAAAAUAAAAAUGACGAAGCAUAUUUUAUUUUUAAUUGAAGCAUUUUUCUUAUUGUUAUUCACUGCUAAAAAUGUUAAUUCUCAUCCUAUUGCAACGGUGGAGCCAAGAACUGAAGGACUUUACAAUACAAAUGAUCAUGUGGUGAUUCUUAAUAAUACAAAUUUUGACUCAAAUGUGUACAACAGCAAUACUAGCUGGCUAAUUGAAUUUUACUCGCAAUGGUGUGGUCAUUGUCAACGUUUUGCUCCUACAUGGAAGGUUUUUGGUAAAAAUGUUAAAGAUUUGAACAGUAUAGUUCGUAUAGGUGUAGUAGACACUUCUAAUCCAGUUAACACGGAUAUUAGUAUAAAUAUUACAGCAGUUCCAACGUUCAUGUUUUAUCCUGUUAAUGCUAAUCCAAAUGAUACUCCAUUAGAAUUAGAUCCAGAACGAGACGUUGCUAGUUUGCAAAAAAUAUUGCUCGAUACAUUAGAAAUUGAGAAACGCAAAGGACGUGGCAAAUUAUGGCCUAAUUUUAUUCCCUACAGUGAAUCGGAUCUUCAAACUAUGUGGCAAACGAUUGAAGGAAGUGUGAAUUACAUAGUUUUAAUACAUGAAUCACCUGAAUCCAUUGUGGGAACCAGUUUGAUUUUGAAUUUCCCAAAAAAUUCAAAAUUACAUUUUGGAAGAGUUGUAACAAACACAGAAUCUCUAAUUAUAAAUUUUCAUCAGCGAAAUGGAUCUCCAAUAUCAUCAAUAACAAUAAAUAAUUCCACAAUUGAUAAUAUUGAAGAAUUAAUUAAAGACAAACUUAAUUCCCUAGGACUUUCUAUUGAAAUGACAAUUAAAACUGAAGAUUCAAAAUUAGAAGAUUUGUCAAAUAACAAGUCAAUAACAAAAAUUCCUCAAUUAUCUCAUCAAUAUGGAGACUUUGUAUUUCAGCUUGAUUUAGAAAAAGCUUUACGCUAUUCAAUUGAUCAGGAAAUUCCUAAAUCUUUUACAAUUGACGGUGAUAAAAUGGUAGCAUUAAAGAAUUAUUUAAAUAUUUUACUCGACUAUUUUCCAACGCAAACCAAUGGAAAAAUUUAUUUAAGAAACCUUGUGGAUUUAGUUAAAAAUCAAACAUCAAUUAGUGGCCGAAGAUUUCAUAACGUUUCUUUAGAACUUCAAAAUAGUCUCUCUCCGAUAUAUUCAGAAGAAGAUAAAUGGAUUGGUUGUCAGGGAAGUACAGAUAUUCAUAGAGGAUAUCCCUGUGGAUUGUGGACAAUGUUUCAUUUAUUGACGGUUAAUUAUGCGAAUAAGAAUAUAAAUGAACAAGGACACGAUCCUGCAUUAGCCCUAAGAGCAAUAUAUGGUUAUGUUAAAUAUUUCUUUAGUUGUGAGGAAUGUUCUGAAAAUUUUCUCGAGAUGGCUGAAAAAGAUAAAAUAUUUGAAGUAAAAGAUGUCAAUGAAAGUAUUCUCUGGUUAUGGAGAGCUCAUAAUGAUGUAAAUCGAAGAUUAGCUGGUGAUAUAACUGAAGAUCCAGAACAUAAGAAAAUUCAAUAUCCCUCAAUAAAUGAAUGUCCUGAAUGUAGAGAUGUUCAUAAUAAUUGGAUAGACGAAGACGUUGUAUUAUACUUAAAGAAUAAGUACAGUUCCAGUAAGGUUAAUUUUGUCAUUUUUCCCAAUUUAAUUUGCAAUGGAAAACAUUGCCUUUACCAAACGUCGUCAUAAAAUACGUUUUUUUUUAUUUAUAUCUCAAUCGUAAAUGAUUGUUGAGUUAAAUAAAUAUAAAAGAUUAAGUGUUUUGUUAAAAAUAAUAAAUCGGUUGUAUUCAGUAGAGGUUUUCCGUAGUUUUCCUCUACUUUGAUCAAGAAAUGAUCGGGCAAAUGCGAAUACUUUUAAUAAAAAGUCAGCUACGAACCGCAUUAUAUGUAUAUUGUUUUAUUUCGAUAUAAAGGAACUGUAACUAACAAAACAACAAUAUCAAAGGCCAACGUGUAUUCAUAUAUUUAUAUUGUAUAUUAUUAUCUAUACAUAUUAAAUAAAUUAUUGGUUUUCAGUGAA